CUAUUGAUAUAGAUAAAAUUAAGCGAAACUGAACUACUGAAAAACUAAAUUUAGUACUUGUACUACAUUAAGGCACGUUUUAAUCAUCCCAGUGGAAUUAGAUAAUAUAUUAUUUCUUAUAUUAUUAUUUUUAUUUAUCUUUUAAGGAGGGGCGCGUCGGCUUAACGUUUGCAUGUUAAAGUACAACUUUACGAGAUACACACAAACGCAGCACACAACAACCCCAAGUGAGAAUUCAUUCAUCAUGAGCUUCAUGCUGUCAAGCUAGCCGUUGUAUUUACGCGGGGCGUGUAAAAUAAAUAAUAAGUGGACAGUAAUGCCAUUUGUAGAGCAUCGCCAGUAUCUGUAAAGCCGCAAUAUCUGCGGCUGGAUGAUUUCUAAGUUGAGCGACACUUUCCUGCGUGUUGUACUGGGAACUCACGUCUCGUGUUAUGGGAGAGACACGGAGGUCAGACGAACGGUGGACUGUCAACAAUAAUGUCCGAGUAAAACGAGACUGCUGCUGCUGCUUGGCCAGCUGUAUGUUAAUCUUCUAGCACUGAUCAGCGUAAAAUUGAAUCAUGCCUGGGAAACUCAAGGCCAAAAUUGUGGCAGGGCGCCACUUGCCUGUGAUGGACAGAGCCAGUGACCUUACUGAUGCUUUCGUAGAGGUCAAGUUUGGAAAUACAACCUUCAAAACGGAUGUCUGUCCCAAAUCCCUCAAUCCACAAUGGAACUCGGAGUGGUUCAAAUUUGAGGUCGAUGAUGAGGACCUGCAGGAUGAGCCGUUGCAGAUCACAGUAUUGGACCACGACACUUACAGUGCUAAUGAUGCCAUAGGGAAAGUUUACAUUGACAUUGAUCCGCUGCUUUACAGUGAGGCUGCUUCUGUCAUCUCUGGCUGGUUUCCCAUCUAUGAUACCAUCCAUGGAAUUCGAGGGGAAAUAAACGUCAUUGUUAAAGUGGAGCUCUUCAACGAUUUGAACCGUUUCAGACAGUCUUCAUGCGGGGUCAAGUUUUUCUGCACCACAUGUAUUCCACAGUGCUACAGGGCAACUUUGGUGCACGGCUUUGUUGAGGAACUUGUGGUAAAUGAAGAUCCAGAGUACCAGUGGAUUGACCGUAUCAGAACUCCCAGGGCCUCCAAUGAAGCGCGACAGCGGCUCAUCUCUCUCAUGUCUGGAGAACUACAGAGAAAAAUAGGACUUAAAGUGCUGGAGAUGGGUGGGAAUGCAGUAGUGGGCUACUUGCAGUGUUUCGACCUGGAAGGAGAGUCGGGCCUGGUGGUCCGGGCCAUAGGUACCGCCUGCACGCUGGACAAACUCAGCUCUGGAAGUGCCCCUAACACCAACACACACAUGCACCCAAACACAGCUCCUGCUUCCAAUGCCUGCAAUUCCCCCUCUAAAGAUGGAAAGGAGCCGGUAUUUGUUGAGGAUCUGCCCUCGUCCUCCGGCCCGCCAACCCCUUUCAGAGCCCUUCCCACCUCCUCCUCCUCUCCUCCCCCCUUCUCUCCCUCCAAGCCAUGCAGCCGCCAGUCCUCAUCAUCAGACACAGACCUCAGUUUGACGCCCAAGACGGGAAUGGGCAGUGGAGGCAGCGCCGGGAAGGAGGCGGGACCUCUGAGGACCCUCCUCAGACAACAGACACAGACAGCUCUUGAGCAGCGGGAGUUCCCCUUCUUCACCUUGAUGUCGUUCCCUCCUGGGUUUCUGCUUCAUGUUGGUGGAGUGGUCAGCGCUCGAUCUGUCAAAUUACUGGAUCGGAUACACAACCCCGAUGAGCCGGAGACUCGCGAUGCCUGGUGGGAGGAGAUUCGCCAGGAGAUCAAAUCUCAUGCCAGAGCUCUCGGUUGCCAUGCAGUUGUAGGGUACAGUGAGAGCACAAGCAUCUGCGAGGAGGUGUGUAUUCUGUCCGCAUCUGGCACAGCAGCCAUCUUGAAUCCUCGGUACAUGCGUGAAGGCUGCCUGGACAUCGGUUGCACCGACCACAGGUUUGAGGAUCCAUCGCCACCGAGCUGUGGCUUCUGUCACAUCCCGUACGAUGAGCUCAACAUGCCCUUUCCUGCACAGCUCACCUAUUGUUACCACUGUAGACGACAAAAGGUUCCUGAUGUGCUCUUCACAACAAUUGACCUGCCAUCAGAAGCAGCUGUUGCAGGAAAAGGCUGCCUUAUCCAGGCCAGGCUGUGUCGUCUAAAGAAGAAAGCCCAGGGAGAAACGAAUGCAACGGCCAUCUCUAACCUGCUGCCUUUCAUGGAAUAUGAGCUACACACUCAGCUGAUGAACAAGCUGAAACUGCGGAGCAUGAACGCGCUGUUUGGCCUGCACAUACAGAUCAGUGUUGGCGAGAACAUGCUCCUGGGUCUGGCUUCUGCUACAGGUGUGUACCUGACAGCUCUACCUGCUCCAGGGGGUAUCCAGAUAGCAGGGAAGACUCCAGGAGACUUGAGCAACGAGCAUAUAUCAUCCAUUCAGAAAAGGAUUAAUGACACCAUAGCUGUGAACAAAGAGCUCUAUCAAAUAAAUCCUCCGAAAUUAUUUGCCCUGGACCCUGAGGUGUUCUGCGGCAUAAACAUGGAGCUUGCAGAGGAAGGGGUGGGCUCUCCAAUCCCUGAGCCAAGGCAUCGAUCCAGACUUUUUCGCUCCCACUCGGAAAGCUCAGACGAACUAUCAGAACUGGAUCUGUCCCACGGCAAAAAGGAUGCCUUCGUCCUGGAGAUUGAUGACACCGAUGCCGUGGAGGAUAUCCACUCCCUCCUGAUCGAUGCACCUCCCCCCACAGGUUUCUACAGCUGCAACACUGAAAACAUGCCUGGGAUUUCUAACUGGACUUCAGGAGUACAGAUGUUUACAUCAGUGAGGGUUUUGAGGUUGAGCAAUGCCAAUCUUACUAACCAAGGCUUAAACAAGAUCUUCACUGACCUCUGUGAGAACCUGCUGAAGAGUUUUUACUUCAAGCUGCGCUCUAUGAUCCCCUGCUGUCUUUGUCAUCUCAACUUCACCGUAGCAGUGCCAGAAGAAGAGCUCAUACAGGUCACAGUGACAGCCGUUGCCAUGACCUAUGACAAGGAACAGACUCAGGAGAAGACAGCUGAGAAGCCCAUCAACAAAGGGAGCCUUGAGGCUGAAGAGCAGCUGCAGUUUCCCCUGGAAUUGUGUGCAGACUCGUCCUCUUCCAACAUUCAGACAGCAUCCAAAAUCUCAGGUGUCGCAGAAAGUACCAACAUCUCACCCAGAGCUGCCUCCGUUGAUUACGGUUCCUUUGCAGACAGAUGCAGCACCUGGCUAGAGCUGCUUAGGCUGAAAGCUCACACCAUAAGACGAGGAUCAGUUAAGACAAGUAGGAGGACACAGUCUCUAGCACACUCUGUCUCAUCUUUGGAGCGCUGCAGUCCGCUUCAAGAGGGACGUUCCCGCUCGCUGCGCUCCAGUCGCUCAUUUGGAGGCAGUUCGGUAACGGUGGUGAAGAUGACGCCGCUCUCCUUCCUUCCCGGGAUACGCAUCAUUAAAUACCUUGGCAUUAUCAACAUGUUUUUUAUCAGAGAGACGACAUCAUUACGGGAGGAAGGCGGUGUUAGCGGCUUCCUUCACUCAUUCAUUGCAGAGGUGUUUGCGAUGGUUCGAGCCCAUGUAGCGGCCCUCGGCGGCAAUGCAGUUGUGUCUUACAGCAUGAAAGAAUGUGUGUUCAUGGAAAAUCCAAAUAAAAAUCAGGCUCAGUGUCUCAUAAAUGUAAGCGGUGAUGCGGUUAUCUGCAUCAGCGAAACAGACCAGGAGUCCUCAGCAUCAACGGCAAAUACUGGACAGACCGGUGGCGGUGGAACCGAUGGGGCUACAUGACAAUGACACUUUCCCGGAUUCUGGCUCCAAGAAACACACACUAAGUCAACACACUUUAAGUCUAGCCGUCCAAAUCUGACUGACAUAUGUUUGCCUUAAAACUCUAUAAAAGAUCCAAAGGCUUGGACACAGUGAAUAAAGAACCAUUGCUCAAGCAUGCAAAGCAAUCUGUAUUAAUAUAGGAGUGUGGGAUGUUUCUCUUUGUUUAAAGUGGACAUUUUGCAGGACAUAUUAUGGAAUUUCAAAGUAUUUCAAAACAUUUAAUUUAAAACCAGCCAAACGACUCCUUACACUCAACCUUCAUAUUAAAGCCGUCCAUGCUGGGGUCACUCACAGCCACGGUAUAUCGGUCAUCCGGUCGGGUAAGAGUAAGGCAGCUAUGACUGAUUUGUCCAUCCACAGAUCACCGAUGUCACUCGAUGACUGAAGGAAAAGGGAUACAAGCUAAUGAUUUUAAAACGCAGUCAAAUUCUUACUCACUUAUUUCAUCCCAUGUGUUGAGCACUGAGUGAACAGAUUAUGCAUCAGGCAAGACAAGUGAUUAAAUUUUAAAUGAGUGGUGCUCUUUCUUAAAAUGUAGAAAAAUUAGUGUGACGUGGAAGAUUUUGAAGCUAAUUCCAAAGAAUCCAGGCGGACCUGUGAUCCGUUCACUGUUGUCCGGUUUUAAUGUUCUAUGUCUAAACUGGGCUCAUGUUGAAUUUGUUGAGAAUCUUGCUAAUUAGUUUUAAAGUGUUUCUCAGAGGAAGUCCAAAAUUGUUCUGCAAGUGUGGAACGAUGGUGUCACAGCUGUAUUUUUGGGAGGAAUCUCGUGUUACAUGCAUAUAGAUAACACAAGCCAAAAUUACAGGUGUUAUGUGCACAUAUUUUUGUAGAGCAAUAACUCCCUUUAGAAUAGCCAUUACCAUAUAUUCAGUAUAAAGCUAUUUAAAACUAUUAGAUUAUAUUGCUUUAUCCUAAAUUCAAGUGACAUAGCAGGUAUGCUUUUCAUUCACAUGCAACUGGAGUGAGUGGGGAAAUGGUGAUGGGUGUGAUGUCAGAUGAAUAGAAACAAAACUGAUGAGUGGAUAUAAAGCGGGUCUUUGGGAUGUCGUAGCAGGGAUCUUUAAUAGAAUAUAAAGUCUUUGAGGUUGUUUUGAAGUAUUUAAACCUUGAUCUCUGGGUAUCAAAGCAACUGACGUCCUCCUCUUGAUGCAUUUAUCUGUCUGUGUCAAAUUUCACAUACCUUCGCCAAGCUUAAUCGCUGUUUCGUGGGCACUCGUGUUAAUGUUUAGUCUUGCUGCUGAUCUUCUGUGUAUUGUGGCGGGGGUGAAAAGCAGCUACAAGUGUCGGUGCCACCUGAAAACAGACUGUGUAAAUGUUCUAAAAAAAAAAAAAAAAAAAAAAAAAAAUCAGAUUUCUAGUAUUUUUAUAAGUUAAAGAGUCCUACUACUUACUUCAGCUGUGCAAUGAGUUUCAUGAUGUUUUGAGUCACUGUGUCAGAGAAUUAGUGGUACUCUGUUUUGUGUGUGUGAUCAGCUGUUUGUGAUUAGUUUCAUAUGUUUGUGUCUAAAACUUGAAUGUAAAUACUUGGAAGCUUUGGCUUUUUGACUAGCAGCAUGCAGACCCACUUUUUAUUGCCAUGACUCUGUAUGUUUGCCUGAUAAGUCUUGCACAAUAAACCUGAGUCAAAGUGA